GUAAUUAGAAGAAGGAAAUCUAGGGUUUUAUAGUCCCCGCCUCCUCCGUUGUUAUAAAAACCAUCUCCGUUUGGUUAAUUCGUUAUUCCUCAGCGGCAUCUUUCUCUCUCUUCCUUAUCGUCAUCACCAUCACACUCUCUCUCUUCUUCACAAGCCAGAGAUUUCUCGUUUCUCUGACGAUUUCUAUCGUUUUCUGUGAUUCUUCACCUAGAGCCAAAGAGCUUCCAUUCUCGAGGUGAAUCAAUAUGUCAAUGACGGAAGAAACAAAGACGACGACGAAGCUCGAAACGGCGGGAGAUUCCUCCGAUGUGGAAAGUGGAAACUGUAGCAGUAGCGGAAGUGGAGGCGACACGAAGAAGACAUGCGUUGAUUGCGGGACAAACAAGACUCCACUUUGGCGUGGUGGCCCUGCUGGUCCUAAAUCAUUGUGCAAUGCGUGUGGGAUCAAGAGCAGGAAGAAGAGGCAAGCAGCUCUUGGAAUCAGACAAGAGGAUAAUAAUAAUAAGAUCAAGAACAAAACCAACAACAGUCUUCCUCUCGACCACCAGACGAUCAAGAAUAGAAAAGGCGAGUCAGGAAAUGUCAAGAACAAGAUCAAGACAACAGAGAGUGAGAAUUUCAUCAGUAGAGUUAACAAGAAGAGUUUGGAAAGGGCAAGUCGAUUUUUGGAUUUAGGGUUCAAAGUACCGGCGAUGAAGAGAUCGGUGGUGGAGAAGAAGAGGCUAUGGAGGAAACUCGGUGAAGAGGAACGAGCUGCAGUACUUCUCAUGACUCUUUCUUGUGGUUGAGUUUUGUUUCUCAACUCUCUCUUUUUUUCCUUUUUUUUUGUCUGAAUGGUGUUUGAGAGAGAUUAGGGAAAAUAAGUUAGUGAUGAAAUGAGGAAUGAGAGAAAUUUAACAUAAUAUAAAUAUGUAAUCAAUCCUGUCGGAAUUGUUUUUUUUGUAGCCCAAGCUAUUAUGCUA